AGACUUGAAGAGAGAGGGGUUAAAAGGAAGCUGAGAGAGCCUGAGGACAGAGCCUGCCUCUUUCUGGAAGGCCAUAGAACCAGGCAGGCUUCUAGGAGACGGUCUAUUCUUGGGACCCUGCACCCAAGUGUCUCCCUCCCUGUGCGACUCGGAUCCUAAGGCAACCUCCGCCAGUCUGUCCUCCCCUUCUCUCGUGGAGCACCCUGCUGACUGUCUCUGCCUCUGGCUUCCUGUGCUAGGUGGCAUCAUUUCCCCCACCUAAGAGCUGGCAGGUACGCUGCUGGCCACCAACGGUGACCGUGAAGAUGCUGACGGUGAAGACACUGGCCCUGUGCUUGGUUCUUGCUAAGUCAGCCUGGACCGAGGAGCAGGAUAAGGUAGUACAUGGUGGUCCCUGCUUGAAGAAUUCUCACCCUUUCCAAGCUGCCCUCUACACCUCGGGUCACUUGCUGUGUGGUGGGGUCCUCAUCCAUCCACAGUGGGUGCUCACAGCUGCCCACUGCAAAAAACCGAAUCUGGAGGUGCGCUUGGGGAAACACAACCUACGGCAAACAGAGAAUUACCAAAGGCAGAUCUCUGUGGACCGGACAAUCAUCCACCCCCGCUACAACCCUGACACCCAUGACAACGACAUCAUGAUGGUGCAUCUGAAAAAUGCAGUCAAAUUCUCUCAAAACAUACAGCCACUGCCCUUGAAGAAAGACUGCUCUGAGGAGAAUCUCAACUGUCGGAUCCUGGGCUGGGGCAAGAUGGAAAAUGGUGACUUCCCAGACACCAUUCAGUGUGCUGAUGUCCAACUGGUGUCCCGGGAGGAGUGUGAGCGUGCCUACCCUGGUAAGAUCACCCGAAGCAUGGUGUGCGCAGGUGACAAGAUAGAAGGGAACGACACCUGCCAGGGUGAUUCUGGAGGUCCCCUGGUAUGUGGAGAUCAUCUCCGAGGCCUCGUGUCGUGGGGUAACAUGCCCUGUGGAUCAAAGAAGAAGCCGGGAGUUUACACUGAUGUCUGCAUCCAUAUCAGAUGGAUCCAAAACGUCAUCAAAAACAAGUGGUUCUGACAUGAGAUACCUGAUUCCUGACCUACGAACCCCCUCCCCUAGCUGGCUACAGAUUCUCUCUCCCUGAGACCCUACCCUGCUCUCAGAGUCUUCAGAUGCCCAGAUCUGACACUGAUGUUUAAUAAAUGUAGUGACACAGAGAAUA